UCACAGAGCAUUCAGAAGACUCCAUGAGGUUGGCACCAUCUGGUGAAAAAGCAAGCACAUGUAAUUACAAGAAUGAGGCUAUCUUAAUUACCCCUCUAACUGAUGCUGCGGUUAUGAAUCAAAAGGAUGCCGUUUCCCCUGAUGUGCGGAGGACUAGUUGCUCAUCUGAUUAUUCUCAUAUGAAAGAUGAGUGCUGAAAACAGUAUCACAUCGGUUGGAUCUAAUCACCAGAAUUUUUCUUUUCAUUUACAAUCUGCCACUACAGAAUCUGGUAAAGGUGUUCAGGAUUCUUCUAAUACCACAGAGAUGGAUGAUAACAAGAAUAAACCAUCGACUGUUGAAAGCAACGUUCGGCAUCUGCUGCCUUUGGGAGGUGAAAAAGUUGACAAGGAUAAACAUGAGAAGGUGGGAACCAUUGCCUCGGCAAAUUUAAUUGACAAUACGAGAAGUAAUGUAGAAAGGCCAUCUUGCUCUCAAAAUAAUCUGGACAGAAACGUCCGGCAGAAAGGUCCUCGCAUUGCUAAGGUAGUGCGUAGGAUCAACUGUAAUGUUGAGCCUUUGGAAUUUGGAGCUAUGCUCUCUGGGAAGUUAUGGUGUAACAGCCAGGCCAUUUUCCCAAAAGUAUUUAAGAGCCGGGUUAGGUAUUUUAGUGUUUUAGAUCCAACAAAUAUGGCUUACUAUGUCUCAGAAAUUUUGGAUGCAGAGAGGGAUGGACCUCUGUUCAUGGUAUCCGUGGAGCACUGCCCCAGUGAAGUAUUCGUUCAUGUUUCAGCUGCCAGAUGCUGGGAGAUGGUGCGGCCCGUGCGGGAGAAAGUGAAUCAAGAGAUAGUGAAGCAACAUAGACAAGGAAAGACCAACCUCCCACCAUUGCAGCCUACCGGCAGCCUUGAUGGCUUUGAGAUGUUUGGUUUUUCUUCACUGGAAAUUGUUCAGGCCAUUGAGGCAAUUGAUCGCAAUCGAGUUUGUACGGAGUAUUGGGACUCUCGGCCUUAUUCACGGCUUCAAGUGCAGUUUCUACAACAUUCUCACCCCCCUCCUAAUGGCGACAACGUACUUAGAACAUCCGGGUAAAAAGAUAAUGCAGGGCCUCCUUGGAGCAGUCCCUUGCCCGGUGAAGUAGACACACUACUCAGAGGUCUAUUCAAGAAGGCAAACCCUGAAGAAUUACAUUCCCUGUGUAGCAUCUUAAGUGACAAAAGGCCACCCAUGGAUGUAGACCUCGUGGCUCGAUUCCUCAAAGAAGAGAUUGACAGUCGUGGUCCUCGAUGAUCGAUUUUUUUUGGUCAUUUGGAUUCAAGAUUUGAGAGCCAUUUCCCACAUUUUCCCGUCUCUCUAAAUAUGGUUAUGGUGCCAUCAUACAGCUUUCAUUCAAUCCACCAUUCCUUCAGGUAGAAGAGGAAGGUGAAAAGUGUAUGUAAUUUACCUGUGGGAUUUUUGUAACGUAAGAUGAAGCUUCUGA